CUCUGCGGUACAUAAACAUACCACCCACCUCACGCGCCAUCUUCCAGCUAAUAACCGACCAAAAAUAAAAUACGUCGCUCAGCUUGAUUGCAGCGUUAUUCUGCCAGGUACUUAUUUGUAUUAAAUAAGCGGAACGAUGAGUGACAUUGAGGAAGUAAACUAUGAAGGACGGGGGUCACGCUCCCCGUCUAAAUCGGAUCAUGGGAGUCCAGCUCGGCUGAAGUCGGAGAGCAGGUCCGGCUCCCCGAGCCCAUCAGGGGUCUCCAAACACUCUGAAUCCAGAUCCCACUCUCGGUCUAAAUCUAGGUCUCGUUCAAGGCGGCACUCAAACCGCCGCUGUAGCCAUUCACGCUCUCGAUCCUAUUCCCACCGGAGGAAGUCUCGCUCUCGGUCCUACAGUCCUGAAUAUCGUCGCAGGAGGAGCCAGAGCACUUCUCCUAUGUCAAACCGGCGUCGCCACGCUGGGAGCAGGAGCCAUGACUUCCCAAAAGAAGCAUACAGUCAUGGCGGUGAUGCUGAUGUUAGGGCAAACCCUGACCCAAGCACAUGUUUGGGGGUGUUUGGCUUGAGCCUGUACACUACAGAGCGAGACCUGAGGGAGGUGUUUUCUCGCUAUGGUCCUCUGGCUGGGGUCAAUGUGGUGUAUGACCAGCGCACGGGUCGCUCUCGUGGCUUUGCCUUCGUAUACUUUGAGAGGCUUGAAGAUUCCAAAGAGGCUAUGGAGCGAGCAAAUGGCAUGGAGCUGGAUGGAAGGCGCAUCAGAGUGGAUUACUCCAUUACCAAGCGUCCCCAUACUCCCACACCAGGAAUCUACAUGGGACGCCCAACACACAACGGUGGUGGAGGUGGCGGCGGUGGCAGCAGUAGGAGGGGAAGGGACUCGUACUAUGACCGUGGCUAUGACCGUGGCUAUGACCGCUAUGACAGAUAUGACAGAUAUGAGGAGUAUGACUACAGGUAUAGUCGCAGGCGCUCUCCAUCACCCUACUACAGUCGAUACAGGUCUCGUUCACGGUCUCGCUCCUACAGCCCACGACGAUAUUAAGUUGCUUCUUUCAACUGAUGUCUGACUCAUUAAUUGUGUUUUCUGAAGAACUCCUUUUGAAUCAGCAUGUCUAAAGCAACGGAACACUUUGCGACAACUAUUCAUUACAUGCAAUAGAUGUUUUUAAUUUUUAGGUGUUUUUGAUGAAUCCUUGUUUAGUGGGAGAAAAGAAUGGAGCACGAGUUGGUAUUUGUUCCUUCAUUCUUAGAUGUACAUCCCUCCUCUCUUUUCUGCAGCCAUUAAGCUUUUGUUAAACAAUGGUGAAGAUUUAUUGGGCUAUGAUGGGGGAAAAAAUUGUUUUAUUAAAUAAGUGUGACAACCGUGUCUAGUAAGCUAUUCUAAGAAUAAGACGAGAACAUCUCUGAAUGGUGCCAAGCACUAACAGUUUACUGGUAAGUAGUACAUGAAUAGGGGCUGUAAAAUCAGCUGUUAGGCCACAAUCAGUGUGUUAUUCUUUGCUUGCAGUCACUGUUUUGGUCAAAGAAGUAAUUCUUUGAGUUUCUCCAGACUUUUAUUAUUGUGUAUCCUAUUGUUUUUUGUUUCUUUGUAUGGAAAUACAACUCGAUGAAACCUCCAAACUUUCUAAGGUGUUUUUCUGCCUAAAUGUGCAUGAAGUUGAAGUUAAGCUUUUGGGUUGUAUAGGUGGGAGGUAAUACUGUAAGUUGAGUGGGUGAGGUGGGAAAACAAGCUGUGAGAUUUUCACAGAACAAGACUGGAGCCAAGAUGUGCAUGAUAAGUUUAUGUUCACACAAAUUUAAAGUUACUUUGUAAAAUGUACAAUGCAUUCUGUAAAAGUCCGCUUUUGUCUGAUUCAGGCUACAACAAAGGAAACAUGUAGGAGAUUCUGCCCAACUUUUUAUUGGGUGCCUUUUAUUGCAUAAGAUACAAAGGAAUAAAAAGAUGACUUCAUA